CUUCAGAUUUUCAUCAUAAGUUGAAUGAGAUGUACCGUGCAACAUUUAUAAGAAGUUCUGAAAGUUUGAAGUGAAAUAAACCAAGGAAAAACAACAGAUCAUAAAUUUUCCGUGUAUCUGUCGUCAGCUCUAGAACCACAGAUAGAUAACACGCAUCUACGUGGAGCUCAAGAAUAGGAUGUAGAUAAAAAGAUAGACACUGAAAAAAAUGAAAUAGGAUGUAGAUAAGGUGAGUUUUCUCACUCAUAAUGUGUUGCCUUGUAAGAUUCUAUAAGAGAGCAAGACAGUGAACCUUGGAGUGAAGUCGUGUUGGAUCAAAAAGUUUCGAAAAGUUUAUUUUGUGUUUUUGAUCAGAAAGUUGUUGAGUUUGAGAGGAUAACUGCUGCACUAUGAGGCUGUGGGUUCAGUUUUUAGUCCUAGUAGCUGUGGUGGUGAUAUUAGCCGACCAGAAUGGGGUGGAGGCUAAGAAGAACAAACAAAAGCAUGGAAGGUCACAGGAGAGGUCACCUACCAAAUCAUCACAAAAUAAGGAGAAUAGCAGGAAAGUACGUGACGUCAGCAACCAAAGCAACAGCAAAGAGAAAUACAACAAGAAGGAGGAAGUGAAAUACACAAAAGAAACAAAGAAGAACAACAAAAACGAAUACAAGGACAAGAAAAACAAGGAAUUUGUAGACAAGAAACAAACAAAACCGGACAAAAAACAGGGGAAAACAACGGAAUACAUCGAUAAGAAAUUGGAGAACAAGAAAGGAAAGAACAAGAAUGAGAAGAAGAUGGAGAAUAUUGUGAAAGAGGAGGAGGAAGUGGUGGGAGAAGAAGAAAUUGUCCCCGAAGAAACAGAAGUGAUGACGAAUGAGGUGGAAGAAGUAGAAGGAGGUGUAAAAGGAGAAGAAGAAGCUGUGAAAGGAGAAGAUAAACUAGUUCAAUGCAACAAGAAGACGGACAGUGUGGAGACAAAUCUGACUGAAACUUGUCAAAAGUAUAAAUCCGAGAAAAAUAUGAAAGUAGUGGAGCAAACCGUUAUAGGGGAAAAAAUUCAUUCUUCCCCAGCUGUCAGUAAUGCAUGUAAACCUUGAAGGUCUGCAUUCUUCUGAUAAAAAUUCUUGUAGGAGAAUAAUGUUGUAAAUAAUAUUGAGACGCAAUAAAGAUAAAAUUUGGUGAGUUUUUUAUUGCUUGUA